AUGUCGCUUUCUGAUUGCUGCUUCAAGGGUGUAUACCACGAAGGUGAAGCCAAGGGUUCGUAUGCCAAAGUAGGAGGCUUGGACUCCUAUGUAACUGGUACUGAAUAUGGAAAUGACAGCAUUAUUGUCAUUCUCACCGACAUCUUCGGCUACAAAUUCAUUAACAACCUUUUGAUUGCAGACCAAUUGGCCCAAUUAGCCAAAAUUCAGGUCGUUGUUCCAGAUCUUUUCUUCGGAGACGCUGUUGUUGAUUUCGGUGCCAUGGACAGAAACAAGUGGUUCACAGCACAUGGACCACACGUCACAACUCCAUUGGUAACUGAGUUCUUGUCUAAGUUGAAGGCUGAAAGAAGCCCAAGCAAGCUUUUCGGUGUUGGCCAUUGUUUCGGUGCCAAAUUUGCAAUUGACGAAUUGGCUGAAGGUGGCUCGUUCACAGCUGUUGCAGUGGCUCACCCUUCGUUGCUUACCCCAGAAACUAUCGAAAAAGUCUCGAAACCUCUUUUGAUUGCUACUGGUGAAAACGACGCUUCAUUCAAUGCAGAGUUAAGAGAUGCUACAGUAAAGAUUUUGUCCGAAAAGAAGGAUUUGCACUGGCAAUUGGAUAUCUACGGUGGCGCUGACCAUGGUUAUGCUGUCAGAGGAGACCUCACAAAUCCUAGAAUCAAGUACGCUAAGGAAAAGACCCUUCUUGACCAAGCUUACUUCUUCGCUCACUUGUAA